AUGGCUGAUGGAAACUAUACAAGAAUCACAGAGUUUAUUUUCAUAGGCUCAAGGUAUCAUCCUCAGAUGCAAGUCUUCUUUUUCUUGCUCUUUCUACUUUUUUACCUUGUUACCAUGACAGGAAACUUGGGUAUGAUUAUUCUCAUCCAGAUGGAUUCCCGCCUUCACACUCCCAUGUACUUUUUUCUCAGUCACCUGUCCUUUGUGGACAUCUGCUUUUCGUCAGUAGUGGGUCCCAAGAUGCUCAGUGACUUCUUUGCUGAAAGGAAGGCCAUCUCCUUCUUGGGCUGUGCUUUGCAGCAAUGGUUCUUUGGGUUCUUUGUGGCCAUUGAGUGUCUUCUGCUGGCGUCCAUGGCCUGUGACUGCUGUGUGGCCAUCUGUAGCCCAUUAUUGUAUUCCGUUACCAUGUCGCAGAGCCUUUGCAUACAGCCGGUGGUUGGACCCUAUACUGUUGGGUUCCUGAGCACCAUGACUCAUACAACAGCUGCCUUCCGGCUUACCUUUUGCCGCUCCAACAUUAUCGAUCAUUUCUUCUGUGACAUGUCCCCCCUUCUUUCUCUGGUAUGUGCUGACACCCGGAUCAAUAAAUUGUUGGUUUUUAUUGUGGCUGGAGCCGUCCUGGUUGUCAGUAGCCUGACCCUUAUAAUCUCUUAUUUUUACAUCCCUGCCAUCCUGAGGAUCCGCUCUGCAGAUGGGAGGCGCAAGGCCCUUUCCACCUGCUCCUCCCAUCUCACGACGGUGUCCAUCUUAUACGGGACUCUCUUCUUUAUCUAUGUAAGGCCAGGUGCAUUUUUUUCUCUGGACGUCAAUGAAGUGCUGUCAGUGUUCCGCACCGCGGUGAUCCCCACGUUGAAUCCUCUCAUCUACAGCUUGAGAAAUAAAGAAGUGAAAGCUGCCAUGCGCAGAACGAUCGUCAGGAGGAAGUUCUGCAUCAGAAGCUAA